AGCCUUCCUUUCUCUUUCCUCGCCAAACCUGCAUCCAUCACCAUGUCUGAGAAAGCCGACCACCUCUGCGUCCUCGUCCAUGGCCUCUGGGGAAACCCCGACCAUCUGAAGUAUAUCAGCACAACUUUGGGCGAGACGUUUCCUCAAGACAAACUCCAUGUCCUCGUCGCCAAGCGCAACGCGGGCAGCUUCACCUACGACGGUGUCGAUACGGGCGGCGAGCGGGUCGCCGACGAGAUCGAGGGCAAACUCGAGGAGCUAGCCGAGAGCGGACACAAUAUCACCAAGAUUAGUGUUGUAGGGUAUUCACUCGGCGGUCUUAUCUCGCGCUAUGCUAUCGGACUGCUCUUCCGCAGGGGUGUCUUUGAUAAGAUACAGCCAAUAAACUUCACAACCUUUGCGACUCCUCAUCUCGGUGUUCGGACACCACUUAAAGGCUACCACAGCCACCUCUGGAAUGUCUUGGGCGCGCGCACACUUUCCAGGAGUGGAAGGCAACUCUUCGGCGUGGACAAGUUCAGGGACACGGAUCGCCCACUUCUAGCGGUCCUUGCCGAUCCGGAGAGCAUCUUCAUCCAGGCACUAGCCCAGUUUAAGAACCGAAGCCUAUAUGCAAACGUCAUUAACGAUCGAACGGUCACAUACUACACGGCUGGCAUCUCGUCUACGGACCCUUUUGUGGAUAUAGACAAUGUCAAAGUAAACUACAUUGACGGCUACGCCAAUGUGAUAGUGGACAGAGAGCACCCAGUCUCGCCAAAAGAGCCUGAGGAAGUACCAGCAUUUGCUCAGCGCCUAACAGACGGUACAAGGACCAUGAUAGGGCGCGCAUCCAUUGUAGCACUCCUGGCCAUCUUCGUCCCUAUAGGAGUGUCCGCCUUUCUCAUCAAUUCUGCCGUCCAGUCAGUUCGCAGUCACCAGCGCAUACAACUCCACGAGCAGGGCCGAUCUGGAAUAGACUAUGCGCGCUACCGCAUACCGCUGAUGAUCAACGCAGUGCGGCGAGAGGCUGAGGACAUGUACGAAAAUGCCAACAAUGCACAUGAGCAGGAGUAUUUGAGCAGCAGCGACGAAGCCGCCAUGUCGUCAAAACAGCAUUCAGCCAACGGAAUGGUACAGAAGAAGUAUUGUGAUGUCGAAGGCGAUUCCAUCCAAGAGCAAAAAGACGGAGCGACUCUGAAAUUCCCGACCCUAGCCCUCACGCCGGCACAAUUCAAAAUGAUCGAGGCGCUAAACAAUGUUGGCUUCAAGAAACACCCAGUUCACAUCCACAACCACCGACACUCGCACGCCGCCAUCAUUGUUCGCAUGAACAAGAAAACUUUCAACGAGGGCAAAAUCGUCACUCAGCACUGGCUUGAUAACUUUGAGCUUUAACUUUCAUCUAGCAUCUUUUCAUCUGUAAUACUCGGGACCCUCAGCAUUCAUCUUUCAGCGUGGCGCAUGGCGUACCUUGACAUGAGAUCAUUUGGGGCACACUCAUCGCGAGCGGCAUGGUCAAGCGAUUAAUACCCUUUUCAUUCUAUCUACUUAGACCGAAAUACCUUCGUUCUUGCAUCUAAGCAAGUUUUGCUCAAUGCUUUAGUGCAUUUCCCUUUAUGCAUGUCAAAUACAUCUGAUCUCUUUUCUCAGUAAUAGAAUUUCCUGCUCUCUUUUGCC